CCGGCGAUCAGCGCCCAGUCUCUAGCGCAACAUCAUGGCGGUCUUCCUCACGACUGUGUGCGCCCUUUGGCUCGUAGCAGGGGCUUUUGCUAGCACAACCACAACUGCGAUCUCCCUGGAUGUCAUGUUCCAUUGGGUAGAAACAUGUAACAAGAGCUACCCCAUUUCUCAAGAAAUGCUGCAGUACUUAGCAAGUUCCGGUGGAAUUCUUCCUGAUGAAUCGGACGCUAACGCCAGGUGCUACCUGGAGUGCUACGACCGUCUCGGAGGGACACUAUACAGCAAUGGAACGAUCAAUGUGGAAAGAACUGUAUCUCUGUUGACAAGUUACUAUCCAAAAAUAUCCCAGAUUGGUGUCGAGUCUGUGAAGAAAAUAGUCGAAAAUUGCAAGUCGAAGUCUGGGACAGGUCAGUGUAUGACAGCGUACCUGAUCAAAAAGUGCAUCACCGAAGGUCUUACUUCCAACUCAUCUUCAUCGAUCUUUAAUAAUCGAUCUUUGUAGAUUUCAAUAUUUAAUCCAGUUUGUGGAUUUGUAUAUUGGGAUAAUAAAUAAUUCAGCAAAUUAAA